AUGAAGCAACUCAUGCAGCCGAUGGCUGCGGCGUACAACCCCAAGGAGGUUGAAGGCGAGUGGUAUGAGUGGUGGGAAAACUCCGGCUUCUUCCAUCCCGCGACGGACAUGGGUCGCAAGUACAACGGCAAUAAUUUUGUCAUUGUGUCACCUCCGCCGAACGUCACCGGUCAUCUGCACCUUGGCCACUCGCUCACCGGAUCCGUGCAGGACACACUCAUCCGCUUUCACCGCAUGAAGGGCGACAACACUCUGUAUGUCCCUGGCACCGACCACGCAGGUAUUGCCACGCAGGUGGUCGUUGAGAAGCGCCUCAUGCGAGAGCUCGGUAAGUCACGUCACGAUCUGGGCCGUGAGGAGUUCCUGAGGCGCGUCUGGGAUUUCAAGGAGAACCACGCUGGCAUAAUCACCCGCCAGCUGCGGCAGAUUGGCCUGAGUCUUGAUUGGACGCGCGAGCACUUCACCAUGGAUAAUCACUGCGCGGGUGCGGUGGUUGAGGCCUUUGUGAAGCUUCACGAAGACGGCCUGGUGCACCGUACAACGCGCCUCGUCAACUGGUGCUGCGCCCUGCAGAGCGCCAUCUCAGAUCUGGAGGUGGAGUUCACUGACGUGCCAAAGAACUCUAAACUGGCGAUCCCUGGGUACGACAGGAAGGUUGACAUGGGUGUCCUGACACAUGUGGCCUAUAAGUUUGUGGACAGCGAUGAUGAAAUCAUCAUCGCCACCACACGUCCAGAGACAAUACUUGGUGAUACUGCUGUUGCGGUUCACCCAGAUGAUGAACGCUACAAGAAGUACCAUGGCAAGCGCCUUAAGUGCCCUUUCCGCGACGACACGAUUCCUUUGAUUCUUGACCCUAUCCUGGUUGACGUGAACUUUGGCACAGGCGCAGUGAAGAUAACCCCAUCGCACGAUCCAAACGAUUUCGAGGCCGGUGUGCGACACAAUUUGCCGCAGGUGACAAUGAUGGACUUGCAUGGCAACGUUUGCAUCGAUGGUCCAUUUAAGGGGAUGCAUCGGUUUGACUGCCGACGCGAGCUUGUGAAGGCGCUUGAAACUAUGGGCCUUCUGCGUGAUGUUGUCCCAUACGAGUACCGUGUUGGCCGCUGCAGCCGUACAGGCGACAUUGUAGAGCCGCUCCUGAUGCCACAGUGGUUUGUGGACUGCAGUGACAUGGCCCGAAGGGCUGUGGAGGCAGUGCGCAACAAGGACUUGCGCCUGUACCCGUCUUCGCACGAGGCGGUGUGGUACCACUGGCUGGAGAAUAUCAAGCCAUGGUGUGUGUCGCGUCAGCUGUGGUGGGGCCAUCGUAUCCCUGCGUACAAGUGCACUGGUUCAGUGCCAGCCAAUCACGAGGACCCGUGGGUGGUUGCUCGCAACGUUGCGGAGGCGAAAACGAAGGCCCGCGCGAAAUUCAACCUCAGCGACGCGGAGGUGGAGCAGCUCGUGCUGGAGCAGGACCCGGACGUGCUCGACACCUGGUUCAGCUCUGCUAUGUGGCCCUACUCUACCCUCGGCUGGCCGGGUGACACGGAUGACAUGCACAAGUUCUUCCCAGGGAAUCUGAUGGAAACGGGGCAUGACAUUCUCUUCUUCUGGGUUGCCCGUAUGGUGAUGACUUCUCUCCACUUCACAGGGAAGCUUCCCUUCAACGAGGUCUUUCUGCACGCCAUGGUGCGAGACAAAAAUGGAGAGAAGAUGAGCAAAUCAAAGGGCAACGUCAUUGAUCCACUCUUCAUCAUCAAUGGUAUCUCCCUCGAGGGGCUGCACGCAACGGUGACGAAUGGAAACCUUGACGAAAAGGAGGUCCCCAAGGCACUAAAACUGCAGAAGGAUACAUUUCCAAAGGGCAUUCCGGAGUGCGGUAGCGAUGCGCUGCGUUUUGGUCUUCUCUCUUACACUCAGUCGGGGCGCAGUGUCAAUCUUGAUAUCGACCGUAUUGUCGCCUACCGGCAGUUCUGCAACAAACUGUGGAAUGCUGUGCGGUACGUCCUUUACCACGCUCUGGGAACGGAGUACACGCCGAACAUGACCGUUUUUAAUCCCGCCAAGGCAGAGGAUCUUUCUCUGGAGUGCCGCUGGAUUCUUUCCCGCCUCGACGUCGCGGUGGAAGAAUGUACGCGUGGGUUUUCGGAAGGAUCCUACGACUUUGCCCUCUCCACCAACGCUGUGUACCGCUUCUGGUUGUAUGAGUUGUGCGAUGUCUUCCUCGAGCUCACGAAGCCAAUCAUUCAGGGUGGAGGUGAGAAGAAGCAGCUGGUACAAGAUGUGCUGCUGUAUGUGGUGGAAGUGGCACUCCGUCUGUUGCACCCGAUGAUGCCCUUCCUCACAGAGGAGCUGUGGCACCGCCUCCCGCACUACAGCACCUUCGGCAUUGAGAGCAUCAUGCUCGCACCGUAUCCUGUUGUGGCUGGGUGGAAGAACGACACGGUGGAGGAGCAGAUGAAGCUGCUGCUCGAUACUGUGCACUCUGUGCGCUCCAUCAAGGCAUCCUACUCUCUCACCAACAAGCACAAGCCGGAUGUGUGGCUCACUGCUCGCACCGCGGAGGUUAAGCAGCUCUUGAGCUUGCACGACUUCAUGGUGGAGUCACUCGGCGUUGUUGGCAAAGUGUCGGUGAUUUCGCCCGAGGAGGAGGCGUCCUGUGUGCCGAAGGGCUGCGGCUUCUCCGUUGUGAGCAAGGAGGUGGGCAUCAACAUGAUGCUUCUUGGUUUCAUCGACGUGCCGAAGGAAGUGGGAAAGCUCGAGAAGCAGCUCGCCGGGCUGCAGAAGCAGAUCGAGGGCCUCAAGAAGAAGAUGUCCAUCCCCGACUAUGACACGAAGGUCCCUGCGGAUGUGCGCCGCGCCAACAGCGAGAAACUGGAGGCACUAACGGAGCAAGAAAAGCAGCUUUCGGAUGGGCUGGCGAAGAUGAAGGCCAUGCUGUAA